AUGGAGACGUUCUGGCAGAACAACAGUUGCAACCCUUUCGGCGAUCGCUCUACGCCAUGUGAGGUUGGAAACAUGAUCUCCUACGCAGUCAAUGUCUCAGCGGCUGCAGAAAUAGCGGCCACAAUCCACUUUGCAAGAACACACAAUGUCCGUUUUGUAGUCCGCAAUACUGGCCAUGACUUCAAUGGUCGCUCAACAGGCGCGGGUGGACUGGCCGUUUGGACACACCACCUUAAGAGCCUCGAGAUCAUCCAGAACAUCGAGAUGAAAGGGGACCCAGAUAAGGGAGAACAGAGCUACCAAGGCCCGGCGUUGAAGAUGGGGUCUGGUGUUCAAGGAGUUGAAGCUGAGCAUUUUGCUGCCGACGCCGGGCUGGUUGUAGUCGGUGGUUGGUGUCCAUCUGUUGGGAUCGCUGGUGGCUUCACACAGGGUGGUGGACAUAGUCCACUGGGUUCUCAGUUCGGCAUGGGUGCUGACCAGACUCUCGAGUUUCAAGUCGUCACCGCGAAUGGUUCUGUCGUCACAGCUUCGCCCCAAGAGAACAGCGAUCUCUACUGGGCCCUCUCCGGCGGUGGACCCGGCACAUAUGGCAUUGUUACUAGCGUCACAGUACGCGCAUAUCCAAACAUGCCUGUUGGCGGUGCGUUCGUCUCCAUCACAAACGAUUUGUCGUUGCCAAAUGCCUCAACAGUUCUGGAAAAUUACUGGGCGACAAUUCAGACGUGGCACACCCUACUCCCCAAUCUGACAUCGACCGGAAUAGGCGCAACAUUUUCGUAUAAUAACUCGCUGUUUUACUUGAUUCCCCUGACCGCCUACAACAAAACGUCAAAAGAUGUCAGAGCAGCACUCAAGCCCUGGAUUGACCAAAUGGACACUCUCGGAGUUAACUACAGUGCCAGUUUUACAGACUUUCCAAGUUACUAUUCGCAUUGGACGACAUUUGCGCUGCCCGGCCCUGUAGGAGCCUACUGGCAAGGCACAUCAAGGCUCGUGCCAACUGACAUCUUCGACGACCCUACAAGUCUGGAGAAGUUCAUUGGUGUCCAGCGAAAACUUGCGGAUCAGGGCGUUUAUGCCGGCGCUACAGCUGUUGCACCGAGAAAGCUCACUGGGUUCGCCAAUGCCGUUCUUCCCGCCUGGCGCAACACGGUUAGUUUAUUCGGGCUUCUGACCGAUUGGAGCGAUGAUCCUACCCGAUGGGAAGAGAUGCAGGAGAUGCAGCACUACGUCGACCAGGAACUAAGGCCCUUACUUAAAAGCGUGACCGGUGGAACGGCUGGAGAUGGCAACUGGGCAAGAGGUAGCUAUUUGAAUGAGGCCAGCGGGGAUGAUCCGGCUUGGAAGCAAGAGUUUUUCGGGGAGAACCUCCAGAGGCUCGAAGAAGUUAAACAAAGGUGGGAUCCCGACGGCCUAUUCUGGGGCCUGCGAUUGGUGGGUAGCGAAGCUCGGGAAAUACGCGGCCAGCCCACCGGGAUAGGGAAUGGCAGGCUGUGCAAGGCUGAGAAGUAA